GCGGCGCAAGCAUAUCAAGGGGACGACGAGGGAGUGGAGAGGAUAGAAUAGUGGUGUCGUGUCGUCUUGCUCAUCGCCAGCAGCGGCCCUUUCCACGAUCGGGCGACGUUUGUUAUCCUCGCCAUUCUUGACACAAAGUCGACGUAGCCAUGUGGGUCGAGGAGUGCGACAGCUUCGCCGAGCUCUGCCGCGGAUAUCUGCCCUAUUACCUCCUCAUCGUGCUGCCGAUUUUCAUAAUAAUAUCGCCAGCUAAUCCCGUCGCCGCGUCUCACGAGUUCCCUGCCUUCCGCAUGAGCCAGUAUGACUUGCACGGUGUGCCUCACGGUUGCCGUAGUGCUCCAAUUUCCUUGGAGGCAAGAUCACUGACCGGAUGGAGUACAUCUAGACACUGUAUUGUGGCAAGGGCUCUAGACCUCACUCCAGAAACUUUUCAGUCGAUUCGGCAAAAAGCUGGAGCACUGAUCGUAGUUCUGCCAGAAAAUAUCAAUAAGCUCACUCAUGAAGAGAAGCAGCAUAUUAUGGCUCUGGAAGAAUCUAUGAUCUAUGGACCUGAAACUCCAAUUCCUGUGUACUUUACUCAGUGGAAUCCAGAGCUCCAAGUGAUUUUGGAAGAUGUCGAGCAUGGUUUUAUAACCGAUGAAAAAGCUGGAUCUGCUGCAGAAGCCUUGUUCAAUUCCAUCUCGGCUAGCGGAUAUCAAGUGGUUGUAUCCACUGGCCAAGCUGUUGCUAAGACUGAUGUAAAAGUGGCAACUCUACAAGGAAAACUGACAGGAACUGGAGCUGAAGACAAAUUGCCAACAAUUGCUGUGGUCGCUCAUUACGAUAGCACUGGUGUAGCAACGGAAUUGUCAUUUGGAGCAGAGAGCAACGCUUCUGGAUUGGCAAUGUUGCUAGAGCUUGCCAGGCUAUUUUCAGUGCUUUAUUCUAUAGGAAGAUCGCGACCGCGACACAAUUUAGUUUUCAUUGUAACAGGUGCAGGAAAACUCAAUUUCCAGGGAAGCAAGAAGUGGCUUGAGGAUCAACUUGAUGGACUUGAAGGAUCUGUAAUUCAAGAUGCAUCGUACGUGAUCUGUCUGGACUCUGUAUCAUCAAGUGACAAUCUUUACGUACACGUUUCCAAACCUCCAAAAGAGACAUCCGCUGGCGGUUUGUUCUUUAAGGAGCUUAAAGCUGCAUCUGACGGUCUGGGAUACGGCAGUAACGUUGAGGGUGUUCACAAGAAAAUCAACCUGGCUGAAGAAAGCCUCGCCUGGGAACACGAGCGCUACAGCAUACGAAGGUUGCCGGCAGCAACUUUAUCGAGUUUAAAGAGUCACGAAGAUCCCUUGAGAAAUACUAUAUUGGAUACAAUGCAAGAGGGACAGAUAGACAGGCUGCACAAGCACACAAGUAUCGUCGCCGAGGCGCUUGCCAGGCAUAUGUACAAUAUAAGCUAUAGUCAGAUAUUCGCUGAGCCAUUGAGCGUUUCCAAAGAUUCCCUGAAGAUGUGGAUGGAUUUCUUGGCCUCGCAGCCCAGAUCCGCUCCGCUGCUUGCCGACAAGCACAACCCCUUAGUCAAUACCCUUAAGGAAGCAUUGCAAAAGUACCUUGGAGACGUGAAAAUGACACUUCACACUCCGGACAAGCGUGAUCCUGAAUUUGUUUUCUACGAUGUUACGAAAGCGUCGUUAAACGUUUACAGUGUCAAACCAGCAGUAUUUGAUCUCUUUUUAACGAUUGCGAUCGUUUUGUACUUGGGAGCAGUGUACUUAGUAGUGCACAAUUUUCCUCACGUCUACAACUUAGCAACUCGAAUGUCGUCCAGGUCAAAGAUGUCAUAAACUCUUUAACCUCAGUGAUGCUUUUGCCGGAGAUGAAUACGUAAAAGAAAGAAAAACAAUUGUGACGGUUAUCUAAACGUUAAGAAUAUCUGUUAAAAACUUAUCUUAUCACUUGGAUUGAUUUUCUCGAAAGACGAUAUCUCUUUGCUCCUGCUUCUUUGAGAACCGCGGGGUACCAUUUAUCUAAUUAUGCGUUUUCAUUGUGAAAUAACACAGUUGACUCUGUGAUCGAGAUCUUGCCGAUCUCCAAAUCUUUUCUAUGAGUUUGAAAUACUUUAAUAGUCGACAGAGCUACACACAUUUAUGAGAUAUGAGAGAGUUUACAAUCGGUAGUCCUUGCUAAAGAUUCUUCGUCUGUUACUUAUCAUAUCAAUUUUAUGAAUUUUAUGAUAGCCGACGAAUAGUCUUCUUAAGUGUAAUUAGUAUCUAUUAAUUAUAUUAAAGUUAAAAUAAAAAAAACUAUUUUGCAUGCAUUUUCAUAGUUAAAAUCAUUAUUUGCUAAAAAAUAACGUAAGCUAUGCAUGAAAUAGAAUAUUUAAAAUUGUUCGUUAUUACUACAAACGUAAGAAAAAUAUUAUAUCCAAGAACAAUUUUUUACCAUAAAAAGUGUUUGCAACUUUACUAUCAAGGAACUAUCUAGGGCAGUUUAUAAAAAGUUUUUAACGAUCAAUAAAGAGUUCUACUCGUGCAAGGUUUAUUAUUAAUAUGUAUAGACAUUAUACAAAACUAUACUCGUAAUUAUUUAUUAUAAGUAUAUUGAAUCAAAGUUGAUAGUCAACAUGAUUACCAAAAUUAGAUUUCUAUGAUUAAGAUAAGCAUUUAUUAGAAAAAAGUUAUUUCUACAUAUUGAAAUUGAUGCAAGGACUACUUUAAACGAAUCAUAUGUAUAUCGAUGAAAUUUUCUCAAUAGAUUUUCUACAUUCAGCUACGUUAAAAAAGUUAAAAUUUUGAAAACGUUGCUGACGAUUUUAAUUCGGUGAAUUCUCUAAGGACGUAACGUUAAACGCGCUGUGAAUGAGAAAAUUUGAUCGAUAGGAAAAUAAUCCUUAAUAAUGUUUGCGAGGGUAAUGUGUUUGACUUAUAUCGUAAAGACUACGUCCUAAUAGACGCCGGAUGUCGCUGAACGAGCUGCUAGUUUACCACAUUGUAAUAAUUACUGUACAAUAAUAUGCUUGGUCUGAUAACCAAUGAGACAAAUGAGACUUGAAAGCAAUUUUGAAAUAUGUAUCUACGUAUAUAUGUAAUGUUAAUACUGCGAAUAAUGUACAUCUAUCUCUCGUGCGCUCACUUCGUACAUAAGGGGUCAGCUUUCCGCUACACUGUGGCUCAGGUCAAGACUUUUUAAGGUAAACCUGUCGAUUUGGGAAAGCUGUUCUUUCUUCUCCUUUUUACAAAGAUCGAUAAUGGAACAUUGCAUAAAACGAUAUCAUUCGGCAAGACUGACGAAGUGGGUCAAUUAUUUUCUUUUUUUUCAGUAGCUGCGGAGUCGUUAGUGAAUCGAGCGAUCAAAGAUAUAAGUAUAGAUGUAUUAUACGAUUUGAAUAAAUGCGAAUAUAAAGUAAA